AAUUUUUCUCUCCAGUUAGAUGUUUAUUUUAUACUCGUAUAGAUUUGUUUUACAACGUAAUACGUACGUAGUAAUUCGCUGGUGGUUAUAGAGACAAGAUUUUUUUGUUUUAUUAUAUUAUGUACAUUUAUUUUUAAAUUUCUGCAAAAAGAAAGAAAAGUUCGUUUCGGGUGGAACUUGAAAGUGUCUAUAGAAUAAUUCUCCAAAAAGAGAAACUGAAAAAAUGAAGUCGUUUUGAAUUUUAAGGUGUUUAAUAAAAUAUAUAAAUAUUGAAUAAUCUAUUUAUAAAACAGAAAACAUACGAUAAAGCAAAUUAAAAACAAAAGAGAUAAUAAAACGAAAUACAAGAAAAUUCCGCAUCCGAGACUUCAAUUUAUGUUCAACAUUAUUACGGGUGAUUAAACGGAGCAUACACGUACCUACACCACAAUAACAGCAAGAGCAGCAACAACAACAACAACGAUAACUUUAAAUACACCAACUUUAACAGAAUGGAAGCAAUUGCCAAACACGAUUUCUCAGCUACAGCGGAUGAUGAACUUAGUUUUCGCAAAAAUCAAAUCUUAAAGAUAUUAAACAUGGAGGACGAUUCAAAUUGGUAUCGUGCCGAAUUAGAUGGCAAAGAAGGAUUAAUACCCAGUAAUUAUAUAGAAAUGAAAAAUCAUGAUUGGUACUAUGGCCGUAUAACCCGUGCUGAUGCUGAAAAAUUAUUGUCAAAUAAACAUGAAGGCGCUUUUUUAAUACGUAUUAGUGAAUCAAGUCCUGGGGAUUUUUCGUUAUCAGUAAAAUGCCCCGAUGGUGUUCAACAUUUUAAGGUAUUACGUGACGCACAAGGUAAAUUUUUCCUUUGGGUGGUUAAAUUUAAUUCCCUUAAUGAAUUGGUAGAGUAUCAUCGAACGGCCAGCGUUUCCAGAUCGCAAGAUGUCAAAUUAAGAGAUAUGAUACCUGAAGAGAUGCUCGUACAAGCCUUGUAUGAUUUUGUGCCACAAGAAUCCGGUGAAUUAGAUUUUAGACGCGGUGACGUCAUAACUGUAACAGACCGUUCGGAUGAGAAUUGGUGGAAUGGUGAGAUUGGCAACCGCAAAGGCAUUUUCCCAUCUACUUAUGUUACGCCAUAUCAUUCAUAAUUUUAAAUUACGCAAACGCAACAAAAACGACGACAACACGUAACAGCAGCCACAACAUAAAAUCAUACAAAUCAUAAAAAAAGAAUACAAACAAAAAAAAAA